CCAAUGUUGAGAUCUUUUCAGAGGAAGAAUGAAACUUCCGCUUUACAUUCAGGUUACAAAACCCAAAAGCUGAGCUCAGAAAAAACUCCAGACCGCGAGGAAGUGAAGGUAGCGGCCGAUGGGGAUUGAAAAAUUAUGCAGUCCGGACGGUUCCGAUCCGUUCUGGGACUGGAACCAUACAUGGAAUACAUCUAGUCCAGACCUCACCCAGUGUUUUCAGAACACUGUCCUGGUGUGGUUUCCAUGCCUCUACCUCUGGAUGUGUGCCCCCAUCUACCUCAUGUACCUCCGCAGCCACAGUCGAGGCUACAUAUGUAUGAGUCACCUCAACAAAGCCAAAACUGCCGUUGGUUUUCUGUUGUGGAUCAUCUGCUGGUCAGAUGUGUUUUAUACUUUCUGGAAAAUGAGUCAAAGCAGCAGCGUAAUGGCACCAGUUCACCUCAUCAGUCCCACCCUACUUGGUCUCACUAUGCUGCUGGCAACCCUGAUGAUACAGUAUGAGCGGAUGAAAGGAGUCCAGUCCUCUGGUGUGAUGUUGAUCUUCUGGCUGCUAGCUUUGCUGUGUGCCACAGUCUCCUUCAGGUCCAAAAUCCUCCAGGCACUGCUCCAGCUGGAGACGGUGUGUAUAUGGCGAUACACCACCUUCCACAUGUACUACGUCCUGCUGAUGAUCGCUCUGGUCCUCUCUUCCCUGACUGACCAACCCCCGCUCUUCUCUCAGGCUGUGAAAGACUCUAAUCCAUGUCCUGAGCCUGGAGCCUCUUUCCUUUCCAGAAUAACUUUCUGGUGGAUCACAAGGUUGUUGGUGACGGGAUUCAAACGUCCUCUGGUGGAGAAAGACCUGUGGUCUUUGAAUCCUGAUGACCAGUCCCAUGAAGUUGUACCGCAGCUGGUGCACAGCUGGAACUCUGAAUGCCACAAAGUCAAAAGUACUGAGCAGAAAACCAUGUACUCCCCCAAGCGGAAGCCCCAUGGUGAGACCAAAGAGGCUCAGGCUGUGGAAGAGUCUGAAAUCCUGAUUGUGAAAUCUGGCAAGAAAACCAAAGAGCCUUCCCUGUUGUGGGCGCUGUGCCUGACCUUUGGACCUUACUUCUUCAUCUCCUGCUUCUAUAAGAUCAUCCAAGACAUUCUCAUGUUUGUUGGACCUGAGAUUCUCCGGCUUCUGAUCAGCUUUGUCAACAACUCCAGCGCCCCCUCCUGGCAUGGCUUCUUCUACACCGCUCUGCUCUUCAUAUGCAACUGUGUACAGUCCGUUAUUCUGCAGAAGUACUUUCACGUCUGCUUCACGACGGGUAUGCGUCUUCGCACCGCCGUCAUCGGUGCUGUCUACAGGAAGGCCCUGGUCAUAAGUAACGCAGCACGCCGCACCUCUACGGUAGGAGAGAUAGUAAACCUGAUGUCCGUGGACGCUCAGCGCUUCAUGGAACUCAUCACCUACAUCAAUAUGGUUUGGUCCGCCCCCCUCCAGGUGGUGCUGGCCCUCUACUUCCUCUGGCAGAACCUGGGUCCGUCUGUGCUGGCUGGAGUGGCCGUGAUGAUUCUGAUGGUUCCUGUGAAUGCCGUCAUUGCCAUGAAAACUAAAACGUAUCAGGUGGCCCAGAUGAAGAGUAAAGACGGUCGCAUUAAGCUGAUGAAUGAGAUGCUGAAUGGUAUCAAAGUGCUGAAGCUGUAUGCCUGGGAGCUGGCCUUUGAGAAGAAGGUGUCUGAAAUCCGUAAGAGUGAGCUGCGCGUGCUGAAGAAGGCUGCUUACCUGGGAGCAGUGUCCACCUUCACCUGGGUUUGCGCACCCUUCCUGGUUGCCCUGUCCACCUUCACUGUGUAUGUGCUGAUCGAUGAGCAGAACGUUCUAGAUGCCGAGAAGGCAUUUGUGUCGCUGGCGUACUUCAACAUCCUGCGGUUCCCUCUCAACAUGCUGCCAAUGGUCAUCAGCAGCAUGGUGCAGGCCAGUGUGUCCCUGAAGAGGCUCAGGGUAUUUCUGUCCCUCGAGGAGCUGCAGGAGGACAGCGUGGAGCACAAAGCACUGGCUGGCUCCCCCCUCAGUGUCUCUAUGGUGGACGGUGUCUUCAGCUGGUCCAGAACCGAACCACCAUCUCUAAAGAGGCUGAAUGUGUGUAUCCCAGAAGGCUCUUUGGUGGCCGUGGUGGGACACGUUGGCUCUGGGAAGUCAUCUCUGCUCUCAGCCCUCCUUGGAGAGAUGGAUAAACUGGAAGGAACUGUGGCUGUGAAGGGUUCUGUGGCCUACGUCCCCCAGCAGGCCUGGAUCCAGAACGCCACGCUGAAGGAGAACAUCAUAUUUGGUCAGGAGGGCAGGGAGCAGUGGUACCAGCAGGUUGUGGAGGCAUGUGCCCUCCAACCUGAUCUGGAGAUCCUCCCUGCUGGAGAAGACACAGAGAUUGGAGAGAAGGGAGUCAAUCUGUCUGGGGGUCAGAAGCAGCGGGUGAGCCUGGCCAGAGCUGUGUACUGUGACCGAGCCGUCUACCUGCUGGACGACCCGCUGUCCGCUGUGGACGCUCACGUCGGGAAGCACAUCUUUGAGCAGGUCAUCGGCCCUCAAGGACUUCUGAAGGACAAGACCCGUCUACUUGUGACCCAUGGGCUAAGCUACCUGCCUCAGACUGACCUGAUCCUGGUUCUGGUGGACGGACAGAUCACUGAGGUUGGCUCCUACCAGGAGCUCAUGGCCAGAGAGGGAGCUUUCGCCGAGUUCCAGCGAACAUACGCAGCUGUGGACCAAACCGACAGUGAAUCCAAGCUGAAGGGCGGUGCUAAAGCAGUAGAGAAUGGCGGCAUGCCUGCACUUGCUGAUGGCGCCGGAGUCAUCGCUGAGUCUAAAAUAUCCCCUGCAGUCACGGACAAAGACAUGAGCAAGAAGACCAAGAACCCAGAAGUGGGGAAGCUGACUGAAGCUGACAAGGCCAGCACUGGACGGGUCAAGCUCAAGGUGUUCUGGGCCUACCUGAAGGCCAUCGGUGUUGUCCUGUCAUGCAUCAGUCUGCUGCUGUUCCUGGCCCACCACCUGCUCUCCCUGUUCUCCAACUACUGGCUGAGCCUGUGGACUGAUGACCCUGUGGUUAAUGGCACUCAGCCUAACCGGCUGAUGAGGCUGAGUGUGUACGGCAGUCUGGGUCUGAUCCAAGGCGUGGCGGUCUUUGGUUACUCCCUCUCUGCAUCCAUUGGUGGAAUCUUGGCGUCUCGUUUCCUCCACCAGUCCAUGCUGGACGAUGUCCUGCGCUCACCAGUAUCCUUCUUUGAGCGAACCCCAAGUGGAAACUUGGUGAACCGAUUUGCCAAAGAGAUGGACACUAUUGACUCGGUGAUUCCCAGCAUUCUCAAGAUGUUCAUGGGGUCCAUGUUCAACGUGUUGGGUUCUUGUGUUGUCAUCCUGAUUGCCACACCUCUGGUGGCCGUCGUCAUUCCUUUUCUUGGAGUUCUCUACUUUUUUGUGCAGAGGUUUUACGUGGCCAGUUCUCGCCAGCUGAAGCGUCUUGAGUCUGUCAGCCGUUCGCCUAUCUACACUCACUUCAGUGAAACUCUGCUGGGUGUCUCCGUCAUCAGAGCAUUUGGGGAACAGGAGCGAUUCAUCCAUGAGAGUGACCAGCGGGUGGACCACAACCAGAAGGCCUACUACCCUAGCAUAGUAGCUAACAGGUGGCUGGCCAUCCGUCUGGAGUUUGUAGGAAACUGCAUUGUGUCGUUUGCAGCUCUGUUUGCUGUGAUAGCCAGAGACAGUCUGAGUGCAGGCAUCAUUGGGCUGUCCAUCUCCUACGCUCUGCAGCUAACGGCCUCGCUGACCUGGCUGGUGAGGAUGUCCUCUGAUGUGGAGACCAACAUCGUGGCUGUGGAGAAAGUGAAGGAAUACUCGGACACAGAGAAAGAGGCAGCGUGGAAGCAUGACCCCCCCUCUGUCCCCCCCGGCUGGCCCACGGAGGGCGUCAUUGAGAUCAAAAGUUUUGGUCUGCGGUACCGCUAUGAUCUGGACCUGGCUAUUCGAAACAUCAACAUCAGCAUCAGUGGAGGGGAGAAGGUUGGGAUUGUAGGCCGAACCGGUGCUGGGAAGUCUUCUCUAACACUGGGACUGUUCCGCAUCAUUGAGGCAGCAGAGGGACACAUCUUCAUUGAUGGAGUCGACAUCGGCAAGCUGGGCCUCCAUGAGCUCCGCUCCAGAAUCACCAUCAUCCCGCAGGACCCGGUGCUGUUUUCAGGCUCGUUGAGGAUGAACUUGGAUCCUUUUAACUCCUACUCCGAUGAGGAGAUCUGGAGGGCCCUGGAGUUCUCUCACCUGAAGAGCUUUGUGUCAGGUCUUCCUGAUAAACUCAGCCACAAGUGUUGUGAAGGAGGAGAGAACCUCAGUGUGGGUCAGCGCCAGCUGCUGUGCCUGGCCAGGGCUCUGCUGAGGAAGACCAAAGUCCUGGUGCUGGACGAGGCCACAGCUGCUGUAGACAUGGAGACAGACAAACUGAUCCAGUCCACCAUCCGCUCACAGUUUGAGGACAGCACUGUUCUAACCAUAGCCCAUCGCCUCAACACCAUCAUGGACUACACAAGGGUUCUGGUACUGGAAAAAGGACAGAUGGUGGAGUUUGACUCUCCCUCUAGGCUCAUUGCUGAGAGAGGACCCUUUUACAAGAUGGCAAAGGAUGCUGGGCUGGUCUGAAGAAGGAAAGGUCUUCUUCACAUUGCUGCUGUAGACGUUUGAGUUUGAAACAAUCAGGAAAUAAGCUAGACUUGUUCUGAUUAGAGUUUUGAGAGUACACUCCUCCUUGUUUCCCCUCCUGCUCUGUCCUUGGCUUUUCUGUUAUAGCCUGGUGCUGUCUGGCCUGUUAAAAUUCUGCCCUCACAGUUUCUUACCUGAAGGAGCAUGUUCCAAACACUGACCUGCAGUUGAAUAACCCUGCUGAUGUUAACCCUAACGCUGCUGAUGUCCUGGAAGUUCGUACAUCAGAUGUGCCAAAUUCUGCCUUAAUUCCUUUUAAAAUGUAGAUUUAAGCCUCAGCAGUCCUUUAAAGGAGUGUUAACUUCCUGGUGUAGCAGUAAUCUAUCAGAGUCUGUAUGAGACUUAGUUACUGUCAUACAGCUUCAGACCAACAACCAGUCGUGAUCUGGGGCCUUUAUGAUUGGAAAAAGCUCCUUCUGGGAAGAAACAAAGGCUGGUGAAUAAAGUUAGUGGCGUUAUUAGCUACUCAACAGGCUCCGCCCCUACAGUUGGUUACCAUGGUGAAAUACAGGCUCCGUCCCUACAGUUGGUUACCAUGGUGAAACUACAGGCUCCGCCCCUACAGUUAGUUACCAUGAUGAAACUACUGGUUCCGCCCCUACAGUUAGUUACCAUGGUGAAACUACAGGCUCCGCCCUUUGCUCUCUUGAACUCUUGCUGGAAUCUGGACAGACUCUGUUACCAGCGCUGGGGUCAAGUCGGGUUACCCGGGACUCUGAGGCAGGAAGAAGGUGCCUCGGGCUUCACUUGUCUGCUCUCAGGGUGUCUGACUCAUGUUUAAUUUUCCUCUUUAAAAAGCAGCUGGGCUUGUUUGGAUAGCUGUUCAGAGGGGCUUGGCCCUGGGACUGCCUCUUAGCUUGAGCUCACGGGCAACAUGAAUGACCUCGCUGAGAUCAGGCCUGAUGAUGUCACAAUACCAACCAUUAGAAUCUCACAACUUUGAAGCAUUUUUCUCCCUCCUCCUCUUUCCCUCCCUCCUUGCACACACACACACACACACACACACACACACACAAAGCAGGGACCCCCAGAAGGGUGUGUGUGUAUGACUUUCAGAAUGUAAUACACACAUUUUUAUGACUACAGGAGACUCCAGCCUGGUGCUGAGCCUUCACACAUCCAUCCCAUCAGCCUCGGCUGUUUUAAAACAUCCUAAUGGAUGGACUCAGAUUUUUGUGAUGCUUCACAAGCAAAAAGCUGGAACAAGUUAUAAACUUGUGUUCCUUCAUCCUCUUGUGUUGAUGCAACUUUGUAACUGGUUUUAUUGCAGGUAGAUUACAUUAUUAAAUUCAUUUUGCUUUUCGAAGCCUCCCAAAUACAUGGAGAGAAACCCCACAGACGUUUCCGUUUGCACAAAAGAACGCCAAAUUUUCUGUUGACACCAAAUCUGAUUUGCAUUCUGCACCUUUACAAUUAACAUUAGAAGAUCAUAAAAGUUGGUUUAAGACGUGAACAUGAUGGCAGCUAGUUGUUGGUGGACAAGCUAUCAAGAUUUCUGUUACAUUUUAUUUUGAAAACCAACAGGCAAUAUAGGAUGUUGUGUUUAGUGUUAUCAGCAACCUCCUGGUGCUGAUGUUACAAGAGAGGCUUUAUGGGACAAACACAAUAAAUCAAUAAUAAUAAAAGGACAUGUUAAAUGUGUGUUUAUAGAGGUUGUAGCACCACCUGAUUUAUUCUUUUAAUUACCAAAUGAUGGGCUGGUGGUCUUUUUGGGGGUGGUUGAUGAAUGUUAGCUGAGUUCUGUUUGACUGGUGUGAAUGGUUCUGUGUCUGUUUUAUAUAAUUAUCAUUACAAAGUAAACAUUUCAUGUUUUAACUUUGCAUUGUUUUGGUUGAAUUAAGUUUAAAAAUAAAAAUUAUUUAUCUUAAA